AUGAAUUAUAGUGAAAGUGAAAAACAUGACUUACAAAACAACCCCAAGGUUCCAAAGGAAGCCUUAACAGAAGGUGGUAAUGCUGCUUUUCACAAUUUCAUUAACGAUUUUGCUCAUGUUGACGAUCCCUUAGAAAGAAGAAGGCUUGCAUUAGAAAAAAUCGAUAAUGCUUCUUUUGGUUGGUAUCACGUUAAGGCCAUUUUAGUUGCUGGUGUAGGUUUUUUGACAGAUGCAUAUGAUAUUUUUGCAAUUAAUUUAGGUGUCUCAAUGUUAUCAUAUGUAUAUUGGAAGGGUAGCAUACCCUCUUCAUCGCAGACAUUGUUGAAAGUAUCCACCUCAGUCGGUACUGUCAUCGGUCAAGUUUCAUUUGGUGCUGCGGCUGAUAUCAUUGGUCGUAAAAAGGUUUAUGGUUCAGAAUUAAUUAUUGUAAUUUGUGCCACUAUUUUACAAUGUACAUCAGCACAUUCACCAGCAAUAAAUUUUGUUGCUAUUUUAACGACCUAUAGAAUUAUUAUGGGGAUUGGUAUCGGUGGUGAUUAUCCAUUAUCCUCAAUUAUUUCUGCUGAGUUUGCAACAACAAAAUGGAGAGGUGCCAUCAUGGGUGCUGUCUUCGCAAACCAAGCUUGGGGUCAAAUCGCUGGUGGCAUCAUCGCAUUGAUCUGCAUAGCUGCUUAUAAAGAUGACCUAAUACAUGCUAAUUCCGGUGCUGAAUGUGAUUUAGUCUGUCAAAAAGCUUGUGAUCAAAUGUGGAGAAUUUUAAUAGGUUUCGGCGCUCUGCCGGGUAUGAUAGCUUUAUAUUUCAGAUUGACUAUUCCUGAAUCUCCUAGAUACCAAUUAGAUGUAAAUCUAAGGGAUAGUGUAGUUGAAUAUCAUAAUUUGGAUGCCCCUGUUCAUAGUGGAAGUGACAUCUCUGAAAACGAAAAAACAGCUGCAAAAAUUGAAGAAAGAUCUCAUGAUGGAAUCGAUAUCGAGAACAGCACUGAUGAAGAGCUAUACGCCCCACCAAAGGCUUCAUUUAAAGACUUCUGUGAUCACUUUAAGCAGUGGAAACAUUUUAAGAUUUUAUUAGGUACUGCUGGAUGUUGGUUUAUGUUAGAUGUCGCUUUCUAUGGUUUAUCACUAAACAAUGCAGUCAUCGUGGAAGCUAUUGGUUAUGCAUCAUCAAAAAACGUCUAUUAUAAACUGUACAAUUCUGCUGUUGGUAACUUAAUUUUAAUCUGUGCUGGGUCACUGCCCGGUUAUUGGGCGUCUGUCUUUACUAUCGAUAUUAUAGGUAGAAAACCAAUUCAAACUUUUGGUUUCUUCAUUUUAACAGUACUUUUCUGUGUCAUUGGUUUUGCUUAUCAUAGAUUAACUCCUAAUUCUUUGUUAGGUCUGUACAUUGUUUGUCAAUUUUUUCAAAACUUUGGUCCAAAUACCACUACAUUCAUCAUUCCAGGUGAAAUUUUUCCUACAAGAUACAGAUCCACAGCACAUGGUAUUUCAGCUGCCUCUGGUAAGGUCGGUGCCAUUAUUGCUCAAACUGUUUUAGGUACUUUGAUUAAUCAUAACUGUGCGAGAGAUGGCAAACCAACAAACUGUUGGUUACCUCACGUUAUGGAAAUUUUUGCAUUAUUCAUGUUAUGUGGUUUAGGAUUAAGUUUCUUAAUUCCAGAAACUAAGAGAAUGACUCUUGAAGAGAUCUCGGAGAAAUACCACGGUGAAGUUGACCUUACAAAAUUAGCAGAAAGGAAUCUUAACUAUAACAAGAACUCCGUUAUUAUGUCAAAAGAUAACGGUUCUCAAAUUGAUGUCUAA